GCCCAGUGCGGCAAACAUCUUUUUAUCAUUAACGACUUACGAGUUCUAUGAAUCGGAUGUUGCAGGCUUGCCUCUUCUCUCCUUCCAACUCCAAGGCUGUCCCAUUAACAUCCUUCUUCAAAACCCUGUUGGUUGGAGCUCAUGGACGUGUUAUAUACAGCUCAAGUUCUCAAGCAACCCAGAUACUUCAGGACCAUGUGAAAGUGUCAUCAAGUAGGAACUCAUAUUUUGGGUUUAGAACAUUUUGUACAGACAAAGAUCUGUCAACAAGGAAGUGUGUACCAUGUAAUGCAAAGGAUCUCAGGCCCAUGACUGAACAAGCAGCUAAUGAGCUAAUACCUAAGGUACCUGGAUGGAGCCUGUUAAAUGAAGGUGGUACCUUGAAGCUCAACUGUUCAUGGAAGGUGAAGAGUUUCACUAAAGGUUUGGAGUUAUUUCAGGCUGUGGCUGAUAUUGCUGAAGCAGAAGGUCAUCAUCCUGAUCUUCAUCUUGUUGGAUGGAACAAUGUUACAAUUGAAAUAUGGACACAUUCAAUUGGUGGACUCACUGAGAAUGACUUCAUACUUGCCUCCAAAAUCAGUGCCCUUGACCUUCAUCACCUUCUAAGACGAAAAGCUGCUACUUAGCCAGGUUGUAUGUUGUUUUUAUGACAAUAAUUGAGAGAAAUCACCUUACUAGUUUGAAACCAACUUUUCUUUUAUAUUGCAUUUAUUUGGCAGUUAAUUGGAUUGCUUAUGU